ACUUCCCUAUACUGACGUAUGCUUCAUGCCUCCACCUCGCAGAAGGCCUCGUUGCUGUUCCUGGUGGUGGCUGCGUCUUGCAUCGCGCUGGUACACGGCGGUGCCGUACACUUGUUUGCCGUGCCCGUCGUUGCUGCGGCGCCCGCAGUGCUGGCCGCACCGGCCGCCGUCUCGCAUACUUACGCUCACCGGGUACACGCACCGCUCGCCGCUGCCUACCCAGUGCACUAUGUCGUCGGAUGAGUGAAGUGAUGAAGACAUGAAGCCAGUGUGACAAGUGCUACUCAAUGGUAUGGCGAUGGAAUGUGGCAGCGCACUUCGAAACAAGGACGUAACGCAGAGUGAGUUCACUCUGCGUGUUUGUUAACAAACACGAGCGCUGUACUGCAACUGUGGUCUG